AUGUCAAGCACAGCUGCUCUCAAGCUCGCCGUAAGAAUAAACUCGUAUGGGAUCAAGAACAUCGCGGUUGCAGAUCGAGCUCGAAUUCAAAUCUUACGAGCUGGCGGCAGCUCUUCCGUCAAUGCAAACAAUACUGCAAUGAUAUACACCGCUGACAUUGGCGUGGGGAGUCCAGAAACGUACUACACACUCUUGGUGGACACCGGAAGCUCACUUACCUGGAUCGGAGCCAACAAGCCUUACAAGCAGACUAACACAAGCCAUGACACACGCAAUCAAUUCUAUAUUGCAUACGCCGGUGGUAGUUCCAUUGAGGGGGAGGAAUACACAGACACCGUAACGCUGAACUCUGAUCUGGUCAUCGCCAACCAAUCUUUUGGCGUCACAUCUGCAUCUGCCGCCUCAACUAUGCGUGGUCUGGAUGGAAUUCUUGGCCUUGGUCCAGUUGGUUUAACACAGGGCGUCGUCAGUAAUACAUAUGAAGUUGCAACUGUGAUGGACAACCUCCAUGCGCAGAAAAAAAUUAGUUCGGAAGUACUCGGAGUGUUCUUUGCACCUGCUUCCUCUAACGAUACCAACGGCGAGCUCACAUUCGGCGGUCAUGACGCAUCCAAAAUUACUGGAGACAUUAGCUAUGUAUCGAUCACAUCGACAUCUCCAGCGAAUUCAUAUUGGGGCAUUAAUCAAUCCAUCAGUUAUGGGUCUAUGACCAUUUUGAAUGAGACAGCUGGUAUAGUCGAUACCGGAACCACACUCAUUCUCAUUGCAACUGAUGCCUUCGACAAAUAUAAGUCUGCUACGGGGGCAACCCUCGAUGAGAGCACUGAAUUGUUAAAGAUCUCAUCUGAGCAGUACAACCAGCUCUCAUCCUUGUAUUUUACUACUGGUGAGGUUACUUAUGAGCUCACCCCGAAUGGGCAAAUUUGGCCUCGAUCGUUAAACCACGUCAUUGGCGGCACCACCGACGGCAUAUAUCUGGUCAUCAGUGACAUUGGGAGCGACUCCGGUUCUGGCUUGGAUUUUACGAACGGCUAUUGUUUCCUCGAGCGGUUUUACUCGGUGUAUGAUACGACAAACUCCCGAGUCGGGUUCGCCACUACCGAGUACACCUAUGCCACGACAAAUUAA